AUGAGCAAAGCAAAGCGAAGAUGGGCUGACUUGGCAGCUGCUGUUAAUCCUGUUCCAGCCUGCUCCCUCGAGUCGAUUUCACUGUUCGGAAAGUUGUGUAUUUUGCCCAGAUUGGCCACAGUAGUGGAUCUCUCAAGUGUUCGUUCCCUCGAAAUUCAAGUCGUCCAAAGCUCCGAUGUGCUCGAGCAGGCUGCCUAUCCGAGUUUUCCUCCACUCAAAUGCCUAUCCCUAUGUGGCCUCUUCAACACUGUCGACGUCAAGAAAAUCAUAGAGAAACAUGGUCGCACCUUACGCGGUCUCGUCUUUACGCCAGAGUCGCAACCCGGGUACAUUGAAUACAGCGAUGUUUGGGAUUACAAGUAUCCCGAAUUCACCGACUCUGAUAUUGCCCAGCUGAGCCAGAACUGCCCUGAUCUCCAGGAGCUCCGUCUCCCAGUUCGCCGCUCCGCUGGCAGUCUGCAAGAGUGCAACAUCUACCGCGCCCUCGGCCAGUUCUGCAACCUCCACACUCUCAUACUAGACCUCCAGUUCAACUCUGAAUUCCCACAAGGCCAUCCAAUAGGCUUAUCUGAGGUUCGGGUGUCGCUCAUCAACGCAGCCACGGACGAGAAACUCGCUCUCGAUAUUUGGUCCCUGAUAACCUCCACGCAACCUAGUAACCGCCGCCUUCAGAGCCUCCGCAUCGUCCCCUUCGGCUGUGAAACCGGUAACUUUCCAUAUAUCGAGAAAUCUCUACUUACAUGUUUUGCCCGGUCGUUUCUAAUAACCCGAUACAAUCUACACAAUCCUGGCGUGCCCACUAUAGAGGAAAUUGGCAGGAUAGAGUGGGAGCUAUGGAGGGAGGAAAUGGCACAGCUCUGUGGUUCCGUUAUUGCCGAUACCAGUAUUACAGGUGAGCUUGAGAGGAUUCUUCUAUCUGUAUGGCCUAGAGGACCAGGAGAGGGCGGGUGGUGCGCGGGUAUGCCGAGUUUUCGGCUGCAGAUGGAGUAA